UUGAUUAUCCCCCACCUCUUCGGGGAUAAGGGAAUUUGAUAAGAGUUUUCCGAGACGAAAAUGUCCCCACUUUAUCAUUAAAAAUUAAAAUUUUCCAUUUUUUUACCUUUUCGAAGUUGGAAAAAUGCUCGUAAUGACAAAAAAAUUGCGAAAUGUGUUUCUAACCUUCGACAUUUUUAUCGUCAAUUCCCCCAGGUAUUAGCUUCCCGUAAUAAACUCUGUGACUCUCCUCACUGAAAAACCGCAAGAACAAAUCUAUUAUCUCCAAACGCUUAUUUUUUCUCCUGCGGAGACUUCCUCACAUCCUCCAGAACCUGCCUAAACCCUUCCUGAAGAAUGGAGGACCUGGAUUCCGAAUAUCUUUGGGGGAAUGAAUCCUUCGAGGACGCGGGUACUGUCACAAUUGAUAUGAGCUCCACUGGUGCAUCGAGAGCCUCCGAUAUCAGUGAAUUAUUCCCUGAGUUUGCGUCGAAGUUGCAGGAUGAGAGGGCGAGACGUGCGGCCGCGGAGGAGGCGGAGAAGAAAGAGAGACUGCGAAAGUUACUCGGGCUGGAUAAAGCAAAGGCUCGUGAUUCAGCGGAGACGAUAGUGACACCUGAUGAAACAGUCUCCUCCUCCUCCAGAAGCAGCACCGAGAGCAGUGGAAAUCUCUGUCUCAGGGACAUCGCAGUCAGUGACUCACAGCUAAAACUCCUGAAUAUUUAUAAUAUUUAUCCUGUACCCGAGGAUCCGGGACUGGUGUCUGCGUUCUGGGUGCUGUUCCCGAGAGAGGUGUCUUAUAAGGAGGACGGGGUACAGAAGUUCCUGGAUGUCAGCGGGCGAAUGAAACUGAGGCCAAUUAAGAGAGUCUGCGAGAUGUUAAAAUCCGAUGAAGUUGAUCUGGGGUUUUAUGGAAUUGAUCCGAGGAUCGUCCGGGCCCUGUCUGACGCUCUCACUAACAACACUUCCGUGCAAACCUUAAAUCUACAAGAAAAUUGUCUGACCACUGACGCCUGUUUCCACUUGAACGAUCUUCUGUCAAAUAACGAAGUAUUGACGUCUAUGAAUUUAUCCGGAUGUCGAAUUGGCCCCCGGGGGGCGAAGAGACUAGUGAACGGUAUCGGAAGAGCCCCAGUUCUGCAGUAUAUGAACCUGGCGAAAUGUCAACUGGGGGAUGAAGGGGGUUCGGCUGUCUGCGAUGGGGCGUCCAACAGCCUCAGCCUGAAAGUCCUCGAUCUAUCCGAUAACGGCCUCCAGGAGACCUGCGCCUGGUCGUUCUACUACAUGUUAACGCAAACAGAGACGCUUGAGGAAAUUAAUUUGUCCUGGAAUUCCCUGAAUUCCCCGGAGUUCUGGAAAACCUUUCUGCUGGGAAUUCUGAAGAAUUUCACUGUGAAGAGGCUGGACCUGUCGUGGAACUCUCUGGGGAAGGAGAGCCUCCCGUUUCUGAUGCAGAUGAUUGAGAAAUCAAGAGGGAUUACGGAACUGAAUCUGUCAAACAAUCGAUUCGACGACGAAGAUGUUAAAAAACUAUCAGCAUCGCUUUCUAAAAACGGAAUCCUCAAGAAAUUAUCCCUCAAGGGCAAUCCAAUGGGUCCACAGGGUGCCCUAGCCCUCAUAAAAUCUCUCACCCCGUCGGCCUCCCCCUCGUCUUGCCUGUCCCAUCUCGAUUUGGAGAACAUCUGGGCAAACAAAGAUGUGAUCCCACUCCUGGAUGAGAUUAAUAUCAGCAGAUCCUCACUAACUAUCAAAUUGGGCGGUAUUCUGAGUAAUUACCACCUGGUGGGUCCCGACCCCAGGAAAAUAUUCCUGAAGAGGGCGAACUUCGAGGCGAUGAAACCCCAGAAAAAGAAGCAGCGGCGGAAUUUCGGGCAUUUUGUGUUGUCCCUGGAGGACUCUAUAAUCUCAAAAACGGAAUUUCGGGAAUUAAUUAGGCGUUACAAAUUAAAAUUAACGGAGUCGUUGAUUACAGAGAUCACGAACGCAUUUGAAGUGGGGAAAAACGAGAUUGAUCAAACGAGCUUGAAAGCAUUCUACCUCGCAGAAUACCCGGAAACGACACCUCCUCCGGCAAAGUCGGAGAAGAAGAAUAAGGGCCAUAAGGUGGUGGGAAAAGCUGAGAGUCAGGGGCUUAUUUCCAAGGAGAAGGAAGACCCUGAGAGGGAGAAACCAAAGUCCAAGAGGAAGAAGAUCACGAGGUUCGAGUGAUGGAGACGGAGGAGAAAUGCUGAUUUGUCUCCCCGAAAUAAUUGGGAUACUUGAAGAGAAAUGCAGAACAAUUUUUUGGCCCUGCAUUUCGCCUAUCAUUUUCGCAAUUAGAAAAAGAAUUUUUUACGCCAAUUCAUCAAAUUUGUCUUGUCUUUUCUAUGUAAACCAUUUAUUAUUCAAAUAAUAUUAAAACAUCUUAUAACUUGGAAUUUUCGUUAAUUAAAAAAAUAAUUUAAAAAUGUACAUUCAAUGAAAUUUCUAACUCAUUAAUUUCUAAAAAUGAAUACAUUGCUUAUUUCUGUGAUAUUUUCGGAAUGAAAAAAUCUGCCUGCCAUUUUAAUCGAGAUAGAAAAUUCUCGCUGCAAUGUCAGUCACAAUCCAGUCAAUUCCCUCGACGAGAUUCUCAGCAGUGACAGCAGAGCAUCUGAGUAUCUGCCAGUGAUGUGUCUUGAUGCCAGCGAGCUCCAGCACUUCAGCUAUUUCCGCCGAUGACAGUGCACCCGGCAGAUCUUGUUUAUUAGCUAGAAUCAAGAGACUUGCUCCCUGGAGUCUCUCCUCCUGGAGCAAUUUGUAUAAUUCUACUUUGCAGUCCUCAAGACGACGUUUGUCAGCACUGUCCACCACCCAGAUAAGUCCAUCGGUGCUCUCGAAGUAGUUUCUCCAGUAGGACCGCAGUGAUUUCUGACCUCCGACAUCCCAAAUGUUGAGUUUACACCCUUGAUGCUCCAGAGUCUUGAUGUUGAAACCUACGGUUGGGGAUAUUGUGUCUAUUGGUUCGCCCACUAUUCGUUUCAAAAUUGUUGUCUUCCCUGCGUUGUCCAGUCCCC